ACUCAGCCCCCCUUGCGUUCCACUAUCCUAAACGCUACAAUCACUUGGUGCUGCUCUAUCAGUCACAACUGUCACUGUGCUGCUAUGACGCCGAUCAACUCCGAGUUCCACACCCACCACGCCACACCUCACCAGCUUUUCCGUGAGCUCAGAAGUAUUCUCGGUGACGAUGCUCGAUUCAAGGUCGAGAUGCGUCAUAAUAUCUACAACAUCGAAACCGACCAGGACCUAGAUCUGGACGCGCUGUACAAUCGGUGUAAGCGGCGGCGACGAAGGGUACCUCGUAUAUCUACCUCGACUGGCUUGUAA